ACUGGUACACACCAUUGUCAACCGUCCGUAGACGUUCAUUCAUUCACCCCCUUCCCUGUUCUCUCUCCAUCUCCAUCUCCAUCUCCAUCUCCAUUUCCACGCCCCCAAAAGCUUCGAUCGCCAUGAGCCCCACGGUGACCAAGUCCCCUCCGACCCUCGUCCCCCCCGCGUCGCCGACCCCGGCCUCGACGCUCCUCCUCCCCCUCUCCUCCAUCGACCGCGCCGUCAACUCGCGUCUCUCCGUCGAAUGCAUCCAAGUUUUCUCCGGCGGCGGCGGCGGCGGAGGCGCCGCCGCUGCCAUGAGAGAGGGCUUCGCCCGCGCCCUCGUCCCCUACUUCCCCGUCGCCGGGAGGAUCGUCGAGAGCGUCUCCGGCGCGCCCUUGGUCGAGUGCUCCGGCGACGGGAUCUGGUUCGUGGAGGCGGAGGCCGAUUGCGCCCUGGACGACGUGAACCAGCUCGAGCGCCCCCUCAUGAUCCCUAGAGAGGAGCUCCUCCCUCGCCCUCCCCCCGAGGUGAAGCUCGAGGACACCAUCCUCAUGGCGCAGGUGACGGUAUUCAAGUGCGGCGGAAUCACGGUCGGCAUCUGCUUCAACCACCUGGUGUUCGAUGGCCAGGGCGCGGCCCAGUUCCUGAAAGCCGUCAGCGAGAUGGCGAGAGGCCUCCCGGAGCCGUCGGUCGCGCCCGUCUGGUCCCGCGACGCCAUUCCGGACCCCCCCAAGAUCCCCCAUGGUGGUCCGCCGCCGUCCUCCACGGCCUUCAAAUUCGUCAUCUCUGUGAUCGAGAUCUCAUCGGAGAGCAUCAACCGCACCAAGAACGACUUCGCGGCCGCCACGGGUGACAAGUGCUCGACCUUCGACGUCGUCACUGCGAUGCUCUACAAGUGCCGCGCCAAGGCCAUCAACCUACCCCCCGAUGCCGAGGUCCGCCUGUGCUUCGCGGCCAGCACCCGCCACCUGCUGCACGGUGUGCUGCCGUCGGUCGAAGGCUACUACGGCAACUGCGUGUACCCCGCGGGGAUCACGAGGACGAGCAAGGAGAUCGACAACGCAUCGAUCGUCGAGAUCGUGGCCAUGAUCAGGGAUGCGAAGGAGGCGCUCUCGACGCGGUUCGUCGACUGGAUGAAUGGAGGGGCCAAGGACAACCACUACAACAUGCCGCUGGACUACGGCACGCUAACCGUGUCGGAUUGGAGCCGUCUCGGCUUCAACGAGGUCGACUACGGGUGGGGGGAGCCGAGCUACGUUUUCCCGCUGAACGAUGACGUGAACAUUGUCGCGUCAGCCAUAUAUCUGAAGCCGCCGGCGCCGAAGCAGGGGAUCAGAUUGAUGCUGCGCUGCGUCGAGGAAGAGCACACUCUGCUGUGUUCUGCAAUGAACUGCUGAAGUGAAAGAGGCAACUCUCCCUCUCUUUAAUAGAACAUUCUAGAAUGCUCUAUCUCUUUCCAAUUCUCUACUAGCUAAUGGAGCACUUUAGAAAACUCUAAGAAUAAAGUGCUCACCACUUGCUAAUAGAGCACUUUAGUAAGUUCUAGAAGCAAGUAUUCUAGAAUAUUCUAAAGUGCUUAUGUAGGUUGGCUGGAGGCCUAUAAAUAGGUGUGAGGCUUCCACACCAAGUGUGCAAGAGUGCAAGAGUGCAAAAGUGAGAGUGAAGAGUGAGAUAUAGUGAAGUAAGGGUGUGAGUGGUGGUGUGAGAUGAGGAAGUGUUAUAAGGUGUAGUGAAAUAGUGAAGUGAGUGUGUAAGGUUUGUAGUCUUAUAGGUGUAUGUGAAUGAGAGUUAUUUUGUGUGUAAUAAAGAGAGUUUUAUUAUUA